AUGUCUAAUAAUACUACCGUAAAGCAAACAGGAAAAGCUAUAACAACAAAAGCAUUAUUUGCCGUAAUCUCCUCGGUUAAGAGUUUCAUCACAAGAAUUGAUGAAGUAAACGAGGAGGUCGACGCUGAUCUGCAAGAGCUCAAGACAGUCGCCACCGAGCUGCGCCAGAAAGUUGACGCGAUCCGACUAAUAGUGGAUCGAAUUUUUGAGGUUCUCCAGCAAGGAGAUAGGCAGGAGCCUGUUGAACAGGAACCGAGAGACGUCAAUACCACAAGACGAACACUUGUCCGCCCGUUCGUUGUGGUGAACAACCGUCGCCAGGCUCAAAAUUUGAGCACAGACGUUCUGAGGCAAUUCAUUGCCUUACAGUUAUUUGCCGAUUACGAAGAAGAGCUGUGCGGCAACGCCAUGACGAACAUCAUGCUCGAAACGACCAUGAUCAUCCAAGAGAUCAUCACCGAGGAGGGCAUUUCUCUUGCAACAGCAUGGAGUUCAAUUGACCCUAGCAUACAAAAAAAGUAUGCUUUGAUUCCAGAGGUCAACUGUAAAGCAUUCGAUGUUCACUUUGACCAAUGCGUCAACUCGUGGGCAACGAAGUGGUUGUUGCAAUACAUGUUGGGCAACAAGCACCGAUACCACAAACGUACAAGUCUGGAAAAGACCGACGACGAGUCAUCCAGCAGCGGUGACGGCGAGGAGCAAGAAGAGGAAGACAACACUCGUCCGAGGUAA